AUGCCUCUCCUAUAUAUAAUCCCCUUGGGAUAUUCUCGCAAACAACCGGCGAAACUUGACCUCCGGCGAUGGACUGGAACUCCGCACUCCCACGUCUUCGAGAUAGAUCUUCCCGGCUUCAAAAAGGAGGACGUAAAGCUACAAAUUCGUGAAGGGAGAGUUGUUCAUGUGAGUGGUGAAAGAAAAGAUGAAGAAGAAGAGGAGAAAGGCGGGAGGACGCGGUGGCAUUGCCGAGAGAGGAGAUGGGGAAGCAUCUUUUUAAGGGAAUUCAGUCUGCCACGAAAUGUAAAGGGUGAUGAGAUGAAGGCUUGGAAGCGUGAUGGAGUGCUGGUUGUAGUAGUACCUAAAAUGGAUGAGUCAUACGUAAAGGGUAAGAAGGAGAUUGAGAUAUGGGGUUCAGGGGAGGAAACCCAGCCUCCUUGUAAAGGACUUGGCCGUUUCCUCUGCUGCAAAGCUUGA